AGACGGAGGGGUUAUGCAUUGUGCUCAGUCUGUCAGUGCUGCAUCCUUUGAGGAGGAGAGGCCCACACACAUUAACCCUGAGCUGUGGACGUGCACGGAGAAGGGCUUUCAGGACCGAGCUCUGAUCGUUUCCGUAGCGUUUCCUGGACAGCAGCGUCGCUCCUUUGUUGCCAUCAGUCGCCGGGGCUGCAGGAGGAAAGACCGGACGACUCGUCUCCUUAAAGCCCGAUCGCUCGGUGGCGGAAGGGACGUGAUAUGAACCCCUCGUCGGCUUAAACGCCAGUGCAGCUAAAUAGCCCCGUUUACAGGGGGAGGGGGAGGGGGGGAAGUCAACGGAGGAUCAGAGAGGACAUUUCUACCUUUUAACCUGCAGCUGAAGGCCGAGAGAAUAUCCUCGGAACCUGUAGCGAUGCCCGGGUUUGAUUACAAGUUUCUGGAAAAGCCAAAGAGACGGUUCCAGUGUCCGCUCUGCAGCAAGGCGAUGCGGGAGCCGGUCCAAGUGUCUACCUGUGGACAUCGUUUCUGUGACACCUGUCUGCAAGAAUUUCUAAGGUGCAGGGUAAUAAAAAGAUCUGUUGUCCAUAAGAUGUUACUGGUUGGAGGGAUUAUCUGCCCUGCCACCUGCUGCUGUUGGUCGCAGAAGAGGUAAUGCAGAAAUGAGUGAGGGUGUUUUCAAGUGUCCGGAGGACCAGCUGCCAUUGGACUAUGCCAAGAUCUACCCAGACCCAGAGCUGGAACAGCAGAUCCUGGCGCUGCCCAUCCGCUGCAUCCACAGUGAGGAGGGCUGCCGCUGGACGGGCCAGAUGAAGCAGCUGCAGGGCCACUUUUCCACCUGCGCCUUCAAUGUGAUACCUUGCCCCAACCGCUGCUCUGUCAAGCUUACGCGCCGCGACUUGCCCGACCACCUGCAGCACGACUGCCCCAAGCGCAAGGUCAAGUGCGAGUUUUGUGGCAGCGAGUUCACCGGGGAAGCCUACGAGAACCACCAGGGUGUGUGUCCCCAGGAGAGUGUUUACUGUGAGAACAAGUGUGGGGCGAGGAUGAUGCGGCGGCUGCUGUCCCAACAUGGCCUGGCCGAGUGUCCCAAACGCACACAGCCCUGCAAGUACUGCGGCAAGGAGUUUGUGUUUGACACAAUCCAGAACCACCAGUACCACUGCCCUCGGUUUCCUGUCCAGUGCCCAAACCAGUGCGGCACACCUAACAUCGCCCGAGAGGAUCUGGCUAACCAUGUGAAGGACAACUGCGGCAGCGCGCUUGUUCUCUGCCCCUUCAAAGACGCCGGCUGCAAACACAGGUGCCCCAAACUGGCUAUUGGUCGUCACCUGGAAGACACCACUAAGUCUCACUUGACUAUGAUGUGUAACUUGGUGGGGCGUCAGCGGCAGGAGAUCCUGGAGCUGCGGAGGGAGAUGGAGGAGCUGUCCGUCAGUCACGACGGUGUCCUCAUCUGGAAGCUCAGCGACUACUCCCGCAAACUCCAGGAGGCCAAGCUCCGAAGCAACCACGAGUUCUUUAGCCCGCCCUUCUACACUCACCGCUACGGCUACAAGCUGCAGGUGUCGGCGUUCCUGAACGGUAACGGCAGUGGCGAGGGCUCCCACCUCUCCGUCUACAUCCGCGUGUUGCCCGGAGAGUACGACAGCCUGCUGGAGUGGCCCUUCUCCUACAAGGUGACUUUCUCCAUCAUGGACCAGAGCGACCCGUCGCUUUCCAAACCCCAGCACAUCACGGAGACCUUCAACCCCGACCCCAACUGGAAGAACUUCCAAAAGCCCUGCAGCAGCCGCAACUCGCUGGACGAGAGCACCCUGGGCUUCGGCUACCCCAAGUUCAUCUCUCACGAGGAGAUUAAGAAGAGGAACUACAUCCGAGACAACUGCAUCUUCAUCAAGGCUUCUAUAGAGAUUCCACAGAAGAUUAUGGCUUAAAAUACAACCUUUGUUUGCUUUUCAUAAAGGAGAAAGAUUGGUUAAAGACUGGAAGUGAUACUUAACCUUGAAAACUUCUACACACGUACCCUUUAGAAACUUUCUGCCCUCAGCCUCUUCACCUCAGAGAUUGAAGCGAGUCUGUUUGUGUGUGAGCUGACUCGAAGGACCUUGAUUAUAUCACAGAGGAGAAAGUGUGUGGUCUGCAGAACCAUCACUCUCUGGUGUUUCUUUUAUCAUUUUUUUUAUCUGUUUGCUGUCCUUUUAUCACAGUCUACAACAAAAAGCCUUGGAAAUCAAACAGUGCCUAGAGAGUUUAUCUUAAGUUAUAUUUUUGUUGUUAAUUCCACAGACCAGAUGUUGAAGAUUAUGGAAAAGAUAUUUGGAAAAAGGGGUGAAAGGCUUCACUAAGCCUCUGCACUUAGAAUAAAGAGAAAGUUAGAAGCUGGCUAGAGACAUCCUGUUGGGGUGAUCUGAAGAAGAGGGAGCUCAGCAGACUCAUGCUGAAGCCCAACUGCCUUUUGUUUACAUGCUCAAACAGUAUACUCCGACUGAUCCGUUAACAAACACAGAGCCCUUGGUCAGAGACUUGUGAGGUUUGUGUCCACACAAACAUCAAAUCGAUGUUUUCAAGUAAGAAACUUGCAUCUCCAAUCUUGGUUAUUUCCUGUUUUAAAGGAAAAGUUACAUUUUGGUUGAGUUGAAUGAGAAACUCAAUACCACUCUCAUAUCUGCAAGUUCAAUAUAAGGCUAAAGCCAGCUGUUGGUUAGCUUAGCUUAGCAUAAAGACCGCAAACUACCUGGAGUCUAGCAACUGCUCCCAAGAAAUAGCCCUCAGUAAACUUUAAUAUUGUAAUUGUUGUGUUAGUUAGUGGGCUCUAAGGGUGAUGUAUAGCACCUAUGGCAAAUUGCAGCUAAUUUUGAAGGUUAUUGAACUGCUGUUCCUACAAUGGCAAGGUUACAAAAAUAUAACUAUAAAAUAAAAGGAUGUCUGGCUGCCUUGUCAUCUUUAUUAGUUAACAGUUAGCUAGCUAUAAAUUGAGAAAAAAAGAUUUCAUUCACUGUUUUAAGGUGUAAAGGUUUUUCUUGCACUCAAUGCAUGAGUUCACAUCUUGAAUCAAUCAACACAUCUUAAAUGUGAGUAUGACAAUUUUGACAAUUCCAAUUUUUUUUUACACUGUCUCUCUUGCGCAACAGACGCAUUAGUGGAUCUUCAAGCGCUCAAAACAUUUUUUUAAUUGGAUUAUGCAAACUCAAUUUCCUUACUUUAAGAAAAAUGGCAGAGCGUCGUUCCUGUGUGCUCCGGCACCACUACACACCUGUAGGCUGAAGGCCGUUGCACACCCAAGCGCCAGUUGGCAGUAGUUUCACAGUGGCUUCUGUGUUGAGUUUCUUUGUGUACUUCAAACAAAGAGAAAAUACGUAGGUGGACAUGGUGUGUACCACUAUUGGAUUGAUGCAAAAGGCGGCUGAAUUUCCUGCGCUUGUCCAGCCACUGAGGGACAUGGAUGUUUUGCUACCAGGCAGACUAAUCACAGUUGUUGUAGUCCGUGCCUAUGCACUAGCACCUAUAAAACUCACAAAUUAACCACUUAAUGUAUUGUUUUAUAUUGUUUAAUUCUCUGUCCUUUAUCUUUGGACAGGGCCAGGCUAUUUGUUGAUCCUCCCUGUUUCUCAUAUUUGCGCUAGGCUAAGCUAACUACGGAAAGAUAUGACAGUGGUAUCAAUCUUCUUAUCUAACACAGCAAAAAGUGAAUAAUUGUAUUUGCGAAAAUGUCAAACUAUACCUUUAACUAAAAUUAAACAUGCCUCUAGUACUGCUGAUAAAAUCAUAACACUUUUGGGCACUAAAAAUGCAACUGUCAAGCUCCACCAAGGCUGUUUUUUGUUUUGUUUUUAAAGUUGACAAGUUUUUUACCCAAUAUCAUCGAAGCUCCAAAUCUUUUGUAGUUAACAACUCCCAUCACAGGAACUGUCUGUGACUUGUGUUUGUCAGUAGUACGACCCAGUCGUAAAUAGCUUCAGGAGCAUGCCAGUGUACGAAACACACACUUCACAAUGACCCUGAAAGGCUUUGUGUUUACAGAGAGUUGCAGGAAUGACAGGUUUUUGUAGGCCGACCCAAAAAGUUAGCAUUGCCCUGGUUCCCUUGGCAGUUAAAAACAACUGAAUGUUGAUGAUGCUUACAUAUUUUGUUCUGCUAGAUAAUAUUCACAAAUGAACACCAUAGUUCACAACGGAAUACAGUUACUCAUAAUUUGUAUUCUGAAUACGUAACGCCGGUACAUGUAUUCCGUUACUCCCCAACACUGUUGAUCAUCUACAUUAGAAUUCCCUAUGAAGAUCUGCAACUUAUUUUAUGAUUUUUUUUAGCCUAAAUGAUAUUGCCAAAAAUAAAAUGUAUCAAGCACGAUAGCUUUCAACCGAUUCCAACUGAUUUCUUGUGUUCGGUGUGAUGACGUUUGUAGUCUCAAUUAGCAACUGUCUUUUUUUAGAGACUCCCAGAGGAGGGAACUGGAAGUGCAAAAAUGCUAAUUAAUUUUGAGUUUUAGGACUCAUUCCUGCAGCACUCUAUUGUGAAGUCCACCAAAUGGGGGGAAGCACCUUUCGUCGGUCUUCAGAUGAGCAGAGCAGACACAAAGGCCAGUUGUCGGAGUACACGUGCAUUUAAUAGUGAAGGAAAAGCCAUGUGGCCUUUUUAUACAGUAUGUCUUCGCAUGAUGGUUUUAGGGGUGAGCCGGGCAACAUAAACACAUGCAUGCUUCAUGUGCUACCACCUGGACAAGUUUUGUACUGUAACCUGUAUUCUUGAAAUCCUUUCCCGUUGAUGGCUAUUUAGUCUCUUUUUUUGGACUGUUUGAAAGUUGACAAAUUGUCAAAAAUUAUGGGGGUUUUUUGUAGGUUUUUUUUUUUUAUAUACAGAAAAUGUGAACGCUGUUGGUAAUAUAACCUAUAAAGACAAUGAACACUUGGCUGUGAAGUGAAUUCUUUUGCAUAGCCUGGGCAUGGCUGGUGAACUGUUUGAAAAGAUGGUUAAUGACAAGGUCUCUGCAAAUAUGUGGGUGUCUUGGGGCUGACUACACCUUUUUGUUGUUACCAUGGCCACUGGUGUCUAUCUCCAGCUCGAGUUGCGACAAGGAGUGGUUGAAGGGAUGUGCGAUACACCUGCCUUCAUCACAGCACCAUCAGAGGGGUGGAGGACUUUGAAGAUACAGUACACUCACGAGUCAUGGCGUAUGUGAAUACUAAUGUAUAAAUGCAGAAGCACAUUCUGUCUUUUUAUUAUUCUACAUGAAAAAUUCCUUAUUUCUUGUCAUAAUACCAGCUGAUAUUUUACAGUGAUUUAAAGAAGUGAGAAGAUUAAACUUUUUUGUAAGAUUCUGUAUUUUUUAAAAUACUUAGCUGUUUUAUACAAACGCUUUUCGUUGGAGAGUCGGGGUUGACUUUGGGAAUUUUCAGACCCUUUUGUCUCUUUGGACAUUUGGAUAAUUUCUUUGUACUUGUGGUUUGAGCCUCACAUAUUCUGUCUGUAUUAUUUCCUCUUCAAAGUAUUUAUUUUAAUGAGCCAUCAGGAGUUUGAACAGAUGGCAAAAAUGUUUUAAUAUGUUGAUUGAAGAGUGCUUGUCAAUUUCUUAAUUGAAAUAAAAUACCAUAUAUUAUA